GCAAGAGUGUCGAAGUAUUUUUAGACACAGUACAAAGAAGAAGCGAUCUAAAAAGGUAAAUAAAAUGAGUAAGAGAAAAUCUACAGGCUUGACGGUGGUAUCAGAAAGUGCCAGCUACGCAGAACUUCAGAAAAUUCUUCGGGAACGAAUAUACAAGAUCUCAGCACCCGAAGAAAUCGACGAAGACAGCGAUCUCGAAAAACCUCGCAGACAUUUGCUAGACCUGAUCCAGAGAUGUUCCUCUAUGGGAGAGAGUAACUCAGCCCUCAUCAUAGGGCCACGUGGUGCAGGGAAGACUAUGCUGCUGAAAAGUGUCCUGGAUGAGCUGAAGGAAAACAGAGACUUCAGAGACAAUGUUCUGGAGGUUCAUCUCAAUGGUUUGUUACAGACAGACGACAGGAUUGCGCUGAAGGAGAUCACCAGACAGCUGCAGCUGGAGAACGCAGUGGGGGACAGGGUGUUUGGUUCUUUUGCAGACAACCUGGCUUUUUUGCUAGAGGCACUGAAGAAAGGCAGCAGGGACAGCCAGGCCGUGCUGUUUGUCCUUGAGGAGUUUGACCUUUUCGCCCACCACAAGAACCAGACGCUGCUGUACAACCUGUUCGACGUCGCCCAAUCACAGCAGGCGCCCAUCACGGUCAUAGGGCUGACCUGCCGGCUGGAUGUGAUCGAGCUGCUUGAGAAGCGGGUGAAGUCGCGCUUCUCCCACAGACAGAUCCACCUCUUCAACUCUCUGACCUUUGACCGGUACCUGGAGGUCUUCUCCUCCCUCCUGACCCUGCCGACUGCCGAGGUCAAAGACAAGAAGUUUUGUGCCAAGUGGAACAAACAUGUCCAGAACCUAAGUGAUGACCCAGGAGUGACAACAAUCCUGAGGAAACUUUAUGACACAAGCAAGGACAUACGGACACUUAAGACAUUUCUGAUGUUGCCUGUAGCAAGAAUCAGCCUGUCUCAUUCUAGACUGGAACUGGCAGACUUUGCCGAGGCCCACAAGAUCCUCACAGCUGACUCCAAAUCCAACACUUUACAUGGUCUGUCUGUUUUGGAGCUGUGCCUGGUUGUAGCAAUGAGGAGACUCAGCGACAUCUUUGUCAAUCAACCCUUCAACUUCCAAAUGGUUUAUAAUGAGUACCAGAAGUUUGUCCAGACCAGGUCACACGCAGUACAGGGAUUUGAGAGGCCAGUGGUGCUCAAGGCCUUCGAACACCUUCAGCAGAUGGAGCUGGUGCGGGCAGCAGAGGGUGCUGGGAUAGGUGGGCGUGGCCAGAAGGAGUUCCGACCCAUGACCUUGAUGAUUGACAGGUCACAGCUGAUGCAGGCCAUACAGAAGUACCCAGCAUGCCCCACGGAGGUCAAGCACUGGGCAAACACGCUGUAACCUUGACCCCCUGACCUAAAGUAUCAACAGAAGUAU